AGUAGAAAGAAGCGAGAAACCCCAUGGCUGCAAGAUCGGGACGCUGAAUUCUGAGUCGGAUCAAAGCUUAAACCCUAGAGAGCCAUGAAACGGACUCUGCUCAGCAAUGUCUCUCUCUACACUCGCAGUCUUCUCCAGUCUCCUUCCUCACACUCCCCAUACCCUAAUUCCUCAAUCGCCCCGCUCGCCGCUUCCACUCGCUCCCGCCUCCGGUUCUUCUCCUCCGGCGGCGACGACUCCAAUGAAAACCCCAACCCUUCUACUGAAACGAGCGUGGCGCCUCCCGUGAAAAAGGAUGUUCUUGCCGGCGUCCAGGAUGUGGCUAACAAAGAUCUUAAAACACAGAUAGAGAAGUACUUUGGGGGCGAUGAAGAAGCACUUCCAACGAUUUUUGAAUCAAUUUUGCGGAGAAAAUUAAUGGAGAAGCAUGAGGAGACAGAUGACGAGUUGCUGGAUGAAUUCCAGAGGCAGCCAAUUGAUGACGUUAAUGACCAGGAGUUUGAAGAAGAUUUUGAGGAGAUUCACGAGACCGAUGAUGAGAUUGAUGAUUUAUAUAAUGCAAGGGACGUUGUUAUGAAGAGGAUGGCAAAAGACGAAUACUUCAACAUGGACGAGAAGAAGUGGGCUGAGCUUGUUGAGGAUGGGGUUAAACACGGAGCGCUUAUGGACACAAAAGAGUGCGAGCAGAUUCUGCAAGAUAUGCUUAGCUGGGACAAACUCCUUCCAGAUGAAAUAAAAAAGAAGGUGGAAGAAAAAUUCAAUGCACUAGGGGAUAUGUGUGAAAGAGGGGAGCUUGAACCUGAGGAAGCUUAUGAACAAUUCAAGCAGUUUGAGGAUGAAAUGGUCGCAGAAUACAUGAAGAUGAUGGAAGCGGAGGAGCUUCCACAGUUUGACAAAACUGAUUUACUUGACAAGAAAAAGGACUUAGAUGACCCACCUGGUGAAGGUCCAAUUCUCCGAUGGCAAACUCGGGUAGUCUUUGCACCUGGUGGUGAUGCUUGGCAUCCAAAAAACAGAAAAGUCAAAUUGUCUGUUACAGUAAAGGAGCUUGGGCUUUCAAAAUACCAAUUUCGUCGACUCAGGGAAUUAGUUGGAAAACGUUACCAUCCCGGGAAAGACGAACUUACCAUAACUAGUGAGAGGUUCGAACAUCGGGAAGAAAACAGGAAAGACUGCUUAAGGACACUUCUUUCCCUUAUUGAGGAGGCUGGGAAAGCUAACAAAUUGGCAGAUGACGCUCGGGCUUCAUAUGUGAAGCAGAGACUCAGGGCUAAUCCAGGAUUUAUGGAGAGGCUGCAUGCCAAGACCAUGAGAUUGCGAGAAUCUAACCAAAUUCCCGCUUGAAACAUUCAGGUUUGGCAUUUGAAUUUGUGGACGUUCACCUGUAUCAAUCUGAUGAUAUUGGUCCCGGAUUUAAGUUUGGUUCUGUUUUUGGUAGUGGGAUUCCUCCUUUUUUUCAGAAGUUGGGGCUUCCUCAAAUCAAUGUUAAUUUUUCACAGACAUUGUAGGAGAAUUGACUCUUACAGAUUAGAUAUCCUUUAAAGUGUAUUUUAAAAUUUCUCCAAUAAUAUCGUUUGGUGUACAUAAUUGACGAUUGAUGGGUGCGGGCUGGCUGUUGAACGCUUCUGAUGAAGUUGCAA